AUGAAGACCAUCCAGGAGGAGAAUACAGCUCUGAAACGACGCCUCGAAGAGCUGGAGGCGGCCGCCAAAGGGCCGUCUACAGAGGAGAUGCUGGCGAUGGUCGAAGCGAGGGUCCAAGCCCAAAUGGAAUCCAUCCUCAUGGGCCCGGCGCAACGGCCACCGCUGGCACACGAGAAGAAGUCUACUCCCGGAGAUGUCCAACUCCCGGUGAGCGAUGGCUAUGUUGGCGGAACCCACGCCAAACCGAGGAAGGAGAAAGGAAAAGGAAGGGGAAAAAAGACGGCCCAGCCCGCUCCGGCUCCCGCUCCUGCUCCCACUAUCCCCGCUCCCAUUGCUGGGCCUUCCAGCGCCCCGCCGCAAGCCAUAGCGGGCCCUUCUACAGCGGCGGCGUCGACACCCGCGAUGGCGCCAGCAAAGACGCGAGAGAAGAGCGCCGCGCCUGCAAAGAAGCCGGCAUCAGGCUCCAAGCCGAAGAAGGGCGGAAGAAAAGAACCGGCAGCUCAACCCGCGCCGGAGCCCCGUCCGCUGCCGCCGGCCCCUGACUCAAUGGAGACGCCAUGGGUCGAGGUGGCCAGAAGGAAAAAGAAGGGGAAGUCGACAGCAGCGCCAACAACAGCCAGCGUGCAGCCGCCAAAACCUUCGCGCCGGAAGGAACCCAAACUGCGGCCGCCACGAUCUGCGGCCGUGGUAAUUUCGUUGACACCGGCAGCCAUGGCAAAGGGUCUGACGUACAAGAGCGUCCUCACUGACGCACAGCAUCGCGUGGACCUCACCGGAUUGGAUAUAUCGAGGCUAAAGCCGAAGUUCACGGCCACGGGCGCCCCGAUGUUCGUCCCGUGCGUCAAGGCGGAGGUCGGAGGGCGCAAGCCCAACGACGGUGAUGAGGUGGAGAAGAGCAUGGGCGACAGGCCCAUGGUAGUGGAGGCCGGAACAUCAUCUAGGCCGGAAGAACUGGAAAUGGACUCGGAGUCAAGCCUGAGUGUCUCCUCUGUCCGGAGCAGAAGGCUCUGGAGGAGACACUCCCAGUCCAUAGACAACUGCUCGCUUCUAUCGAGUGACACCGACGAGCCGCCACCCAAGGCGCCAACAACUGACGGUCGAGGGAGAGGGCGUUCCACGCCCGCUCCCACGACUGGAAAAUACGUCGGGAUAAAGAAGGCCCAACAAGAACGGGACAGGCUGAAGAGGGAAGAGGCGCGAAAGAGGGCCGAAGAGGAGCUGGAGGAGCGGCUGCGUUACGUGAAGUCGCCGCUCCCUCCCAAAACCGACACGGACGAUGACCUACCCGUCCUUAAGGAGGACCUGAUUCAGUGCGGGCAAAUUGUGCGGGCAAUUGUGAGAAAGUCCGGAAAUCUAAAGGGCACGUCACAAAAGGCGCUCAACCGGCGAGCGCCUGGAGGAAGCAGCGUAAAGCGGCUAGAAGAGGAAAACUCCUCCCUCCGCCGUCGGCUCGAGGACCUGGAAGCGUCAAACAACCCCAGGACCACCACGGAGGAGUUGCUGGCCAUGGUGGAGGCAAGGGUGCAGGCCCGACUAGAGUCCGCACUGAUGGGGCCAGCUCAGAGACCACCUCUCGCACAUGAAGCGAAGAAAAUCCACCCCGGGGAUAUACAACUCCCCGUGACAGGGGACUGGUGGGAGGCCCGCAGCCCAAGACCAAGAAGGAAAGGCGGCCCGCAAGAAAAUAGGAUGGCUCAGCCAACCGUGCUCGAGGCGCGCCCUAUGCGGUGUUACCGGUGCCUCGAGAGCGGGGUCACGUUAGGAGCGCGCUGCGACUGCGGCCAGGACCGCAGCGGACUAUGCUAUCGCUGCGGAAAGCCGGGACACAAGGCCCGGAGUGCAAGCCCCGCCGAACUGCAGUCUGUGCCGCCGCCGGCAGGCCCGCCGGGCACCGGCUCGGGGAAGGCGUGUUCUGCCCCUCCCCCGCAAACCGGCGCCGCCCGAAGGACCGCCUGCCGCUGA